AUGCUCUCGGGAAACUGCUCUGUGCCCUAGGAAAGCCCCUCGGUCUCCUCUAGCCGCCGUCAUUCUUGAUCGCAAGAGCUUCUCGGGAAGGUGAGAGGAGAGGAGACAGCGAGAGGGUGCGAUGGAUGAGGCUGGCCCCAACUCCCUGACCCUGCGCUUCGUCAACCUACCGCAGUGGGUGCAUGAGCUCCCGCGCGACUGCGUCAUUCCGGCGCUCACCAGGAUCCUCCGGCAAUACGUACCGACGCGGCUCAUGUCAAACCCGAACCCAGACCGCGUGAACAUUUUGGUCCAGUUUUUCCAUCAUGAGUCAGCCCAAUGGAUUCUCGACUCCUACAACGGUCAGUACAAUGCAGUUUUUGGUGAUGCCAUCUUCUUUGAGUGGAGUCCCCACAACCUCAUGGAACCAGGGCAACUGUAUGAGUAUGCUCGGCGCCCUGUUACCUACAGGCUCGAACAACCUGAUGUUCCUCAGAUACAGCCACCGACAGGAUUUGUUGGUCUUCCCCCACCACUCCACCCUACGGACGACGAUUGGUUCUCAAGAGAGUGUCCGUGGCAGGAGGAGGUCACCCGUCAGUACCGUUUCGAACCUCCGAAUCAAUUAAUCUGAGAUUGGUGACCGUAGCUUCUUUGCCAUAAGGAAAUUUUUUGGGAAUUUUGGCGUUAGAGCAGGGACCGUUAGUUUGUUGCAAGCUUAUGUUGAAGCUUUGCUUGGGCUGGAAGGCCUGUUAACUCUGGUUGAAACUAUUACUUAUUGCCCAGCUGUGGUUAGUUUGUUGCAAGCUUAUGUCGAAGGCUCGAAGCUUUGCUUCGGCUGGAAGGCCUGUUAACUCUGGUUGAAACUAUUACUUAUUGCCCAACUGUGGUAAUUAUUUUGA